AUCUGUCAGUGGAAAUACGAGCACUGGUUGUACAUUUUGCCACCUACCGGUUUAAAACAGAGCAGAAUGGCAGCCACUAAAACAUCUAAGGAACAGAAGUAUGACAGACAGCUGAGGUUAUGGGGUGACCAUGGCCAAGAGGCUUUAGAGAACGCCCACGUAUGUCUCAUCAAUGCCACUGCCACUGGCACAGAAAUACUCAAGAACCUGGUCCUUCCAGGAAUUGGCGCCUUCACUAUUGUUGAUGGCCACAAAGUUUCAGGGGAAGACGUAGGGAAUAACUUUUUUCUCAGCAACAACAGCAUUGGAAAGAAUCGGGCCCAGUCUGCUACGGAGUUACUCCAGGAGCUAAACAGUGAUGUGUCUGGGAACUUUGUGGAGGAGUCUCCUGACAAGCUCCUGGACAAUGACCCAGAGUUCUUUCACAGGUUUAGCCUGGUGAUUGGAGUUCAGUUGCCUGAAAGCACGUGUUUGAGGUUAGGCGUCGUCCUCUGGAACGCUGGCGUGCCCUUCCUCGUGUGCAGGACCUACGGUCUCACUGGCUACAUGAGGCUGGUGGUCAGAGAACACACAGUUGUUGAGUCCCACCCAGACAACGCACUGGAAGACCUGAGGCUGGACCAGCCCUUCUCUGAGCUCAAGAAUCACAUUGAGUCCUACGACCUGGAUAGCAUGGAGAAAAAGGAUCACAGCCACACGCCAUGGAUCAUUGUCAUUGCAAAAUACUUGGAGAAGUGGAGAAGUGAACAUGAGUCUCUGCUCCCAAAGAACUACAAAGAGAAAGAGGCCUUCAGAGAGCUCAUCCGGCAAGGGAUCCUGAAGAAUGAACACGGAGCGCCUGAGGAUGAGGAGAACUUUGAGGAGGCCAUCAAGAACGUCAACACAGCCCUGAACCCCACUAAGAUCUCUAGUGCAGUAGAAGACCUCUUCAAUGGAGAGGAGUGCAACAGCAUCACGGCCCAGACUCCGUCCUUCUGGGUGAUGGCGCGGGCGGUGAGGGAGUUUGUGAGGAAUGAGGGGAAUGGCUGCCUUCCUGUGCGUGGCACUAUCCCCGACAUGAUUGCUGACUCCCAGAAGUUCAUCAACCUGCAGAACGUUUACAGGGAGAAGGCGAUGCAGGACGCUACGGUCGUGUCCAAGCACGUGGAGUCUCUGCUGCAGUCGGUAGGAAAGCCUACAGAGAGCAUUGCUGAACAGGAAAUCAAGUUAUUCUGUAAGAAUGCAGCGUUCCUGAGGGUCGUACGCUGCAGGUCACUGGCAGACGAGUACGGUGUGGAGACCUUCAACAGGGACGAGAUUACGUCCUGCAUGGACAACCCAGACAGUGAGAUGGUCCUCUACCUGAUGCAUCGCUCCAUCGACCGCUUCUAUCAGCAGCACUCCCGUUACCCAGGUGUGUAUAACUACCAGGUGGAGGAGGACAUCAGUAAGCUGAAGACGUGUGUGAACAGCCUGCUGCAGGAGUACGGUCUGGGCGUCAGCGUCAAAGACGACUACAUCCACGAGUUCUGCCGGUGUGGAGCUGCUGAACCCCAUACUGUCGCGGCGUUCUUGGGAGGUUCUGCAGCUCAGGAGGCCAUCAAAGUCAUCACGCACCAGUUUGUCCCAUUCAACAACACCUUCAUCUACAACGCCAUGGCCCAGACCAGUGCUACCCUCCAGCUGUAGGCUCCGCUGUCGGACCGCGCUAGCCCACCCAACCUUUUCUACUCUCCUGUACAAAGACAAGACUCGUAUGUGUGUGUGUGUGUGUGUGUGUGUGUGUGUGUGUGUGUGUGGUGUAUGAAAGAAUCUCUAUGUAGAGUUUCAGUCCCCUAGGUCUAGAGCUCUGCUUUGUUUAUGUUUACGUUUAAGUAUGUUGUUGGCACCCAAGAAUGUUGUUGGUCACCAUUAAAUGCUUAAAACUUU